AACCCCUCUGUUCCUCCUACGCAUCAUGGCGAGGCCACGGGCACGCUUGCGCUUUCGUCCGCGACCUCGCCUGCUAGUAAUAAUAACCACCCAGUGACAAUGUAAUAAGGUAAAAUAAAAAACAAUCAAAAUCUAUGGCUAACAUGGAAUAAAGGAAUAGAAUUGUGCUAAUCUUUAGUAAGACUGAAGCAAGAAAUUUCCAAUUAUAGAGUUCAUAGAUUUAUCUCAGAACAUCAGAUUAAACUGUAUACAAUUUUAACAUAUAAACUUAGGUUUAUUUCAUUAGUAGACUUCUUGCUGACCUUCGAUUGAUUGUACUAAAUAUCAAGCUACCUGAUUCAGCUUUGCGAUCGUUGAACUAAAACGCUGUUAUUAAUCUUUGUUCGAGUUUUCAUAUAAAUACAUUAAGGCAAACUAAACAGGCAUCAGUCACUUCAACAAUGUUCAAGUUCGUAGUACUCUCCGCUCUUGUAUGCGCCGCGGUUGCGGAGCCCGGUGUGUUCCUAGCACCCAACGUACGUGUUACUGCAGACAUCCCGGCUCCCGUCACCAGCACCUAUGUCCAGCAUUCCAGCGCCAUCUACCCCGCAGCGGUGCCCAGCGUAUACACCGGCUGGUCCUACCCACACUACAUCAAGAAGCGCGAGGCGCAGUUCUACAACAGCUACAUCUCUAAUGGUGCCUACGUCGCCCCAGCGGCUCUAGCCACCCCAUACGCGUCCACCCUGGUAGCGCCUGGCAUCGCGGCCGCGUACUCUCCCGCCGUGCUGCCUUACGCUGCGCCUGCUCACUUCAUCAAGAAGCGCUCCGCCUCUCCCUCCCCCCAACUGCUCGCGGCGCCCCUUACCUCCGCCUACGUCGCCCCCGCUCCCUUCACUUCCACCUACAUCGCCAACGCACCCCUCGCUCCAACUUACCCCGCGCCCAUCUACUCUAGUGCGGCGUACUAUCCCACCUACAGUACUGGAUUCCCAUUCAUCAAGAAGUAAAUCAAGAAGUCUUUAAGCAUUCUUUCUCACAUGAAUUAAAAGAUCAUGAUUCCUUUGAUAUUCAUCUAUUUGAUUAAAAAAUAUUAGUGAGAUAUAUGUUUUUUCCUUAAUAACCUGGUACUGAAUUUAAUCCUAUAAGUUUUUUUAAUACCUACCUACUAUAUAAUUGUUCAGUAGUAAAAUUGUACACAUUACAUAAGUUGAUUAAGUUAGUUUACAAUUUUCAUAACACUACUAGCUAUCGCCUCUGUCUACGCAGAAUUAAAUCAAACAUAAUAAGUCUAUGUGCUCUUCCAGACUAUGUUCUACAUCUAUCUAAAAUUUCAUCGAGAUCUGUUCAGCCGCUCCGGACAUACCUUUAAACAAACAUCCAUCCAUACAUCUAAACAAUUCCAUUUAUAAUAUUAGUAAGAUAGCAAAUCUUAAGGAUAAAUAUAUUCAACAAUGAAAAUACUCUACUAAUAGAUUUUAGAAUUAAUUUAAACUGUAUUCAGCUCUUUCUAUUUAUCUAUCCAUACAAUAAUAAGGUGAGAAUGCUAAUAAAAACAAUUUCUAUAAUAAAAUAAAUAUGAUUAAAAUAAGAAGCUCUCACUAAACAGUUGGAAUAAGGUCCCGAUACAAAAGGCAGUUAUCCUAGAAACCGCGCGCAUCAUGAGAAUGUUCCUGACUCUGCAGUCCCAACCACUGGUUGUUUGAGACAUGGGAU